UACGCAAAUUAUUGCUGUACCAUUAACUCCGCCUUGAUUACUCAUAUUGCUUUCUCACUUUCGCAGAGAGGAAACAUUUUUACCCACCACAGACAGAGCGAGACUAAGCUAAGUAAAAAGACAAACUUGGCAAUAAACCACCUAUCCUUAGCAAGGGCCUUGGUUUGUCGCAACGAGCACAGCAAGGAAGCGUAUAAAGUGAAAAGCUGUGGUGAAGUGUUCUCCGAUGAUGCAUUGCAAGGCACCAUCUCGAGCAAAAACUGGCCCAACCCCUACCCCCAAGGGACAAACUGCACGUGGUCAAUCACCAAGUUUCUCACUUCCUACAUCAAGUUCACAGUCCACUUUCUUGAUCUCCAUCCCGGGGUCGGCGAGGACGAGUGCGGGGAUUACCUGCUGAUCACUGGUACCGACGACUCGCUCCAGCUCUGCGCAGGGCAUUCUGGGCCGAUCACGUGGUAUUCUCCAGAAUAUACGAUGACUUUGACGCUUGUGUCUGUCGUCAACAAUGGUGUUAAAUCUCACACCGGGUUCAAUGCAACCUUUAAAGUCCUUCGAGUGGGGUCCUCUUCCGAGAACCUGACGGCGCCUAGCGGUUCCCUCUCCUCGCCUAACUACCCGGACCACUACGGUGGCAACACAGACUUUACUUGGAAGAUCACCGCUCCACAAGGCCACCACGUCAAACUAACCUUCACCGCCUUCCGGCUCGAACCUUCUGACAAUUGCUCCCGUUAUGACUAUGUCCUGGUACGGGACGAGAAGGCAGAUAACCCGGUAUUGGCUUAUCGCUGCGGGGCCCCGGCCACGCCCAUGUCAUUUUCGUCCACUGGCCAGGAAAUGGUGGUGAAGUUUCACACGGAUCUUUUGGUGGCUGAUAAAGGUUUCCUGGCAGAUUAUGUUGUGGUUGCCAACGCGAGUCCCAAACCACCCAUUACUAUUCCGGAUUCGUUCUCCGGGGCAUAUUACCCCGUACAGCAUUCCACACUAAACAAUCAGCACACCAUCAAGACGAUACGUACAGACAGCAUCCUAUCGUGCUUGUUGAUGUGUCAGCGGUUGCCUGGGUGUAAAUCAGUUACCAUAACAAUGCAGGACGCAGCAUUCUGCGCAUGUAAGCUUCACAACACCAGCUCAAAAGAGGUGCCUGGAAGUUUGACAGAAGCUGUUGGAUCGUGUUUGUACGAAUUGGUAGAGGGGUUUCCAUAAAACCCCAUAAAGGGGUCGAAAAAAACAAAGCUAAACUAUACUAGCGUUUGCAGGAAUGUGCUAAAAAGUAUUGAUGGAUACUAGCGGUGCUUGCACGAGGAUUUAAAGCGCUUUAAGAUAUUUCCUAGAUGAUUCACGAAACCGGGUAGAAGUAUGUAAAAGGAAAUUGAGACAGGUAGAACGAUUAACCCUGGUAACAACAACCAGUCCCUGGAUAUAUGCACAAUUAAAGAAGCCACUUUUA